UCUGGUACACAUGCUUUCCUACUCCAACGUGAUUGGACCGUUUUCAACCUCGCAUUUAAAAAAUGAAGGGAAGUUCACACGUUCGUGUUGACUUCCCGCGUGCCAUUACCAGGAGGAGUAACGUUAGAAAAGGCAAAAGAUGUUUGUCGCGCGCAGCAUCGCAGCCGAUCAUAAAGAUCUGAUCCACGAUGUUUCUUAUGACUUUCACGGGCGGAGAAUGGCGACGUGCUCCAGCGACCAAAGCAUUAAGGUGUGGGAUAAGGGAGAUAACGGAGAAUGGAACUGCACAGCCAGCUGGAAAACUCACAGUGGCUCAGUUUGGAGAGUGACCUGGGCCCAUCCAGAGUUUGGACAGGUGUUGGCGUCCUGCUCCUUUGAUCGUACUGCGAUUGUAUGGGAGGAGAUUGUUGGAGAGUCCAAUGACAAACAACGAGGACAAAGCCACUGGAUAAAGAGAACCACACUUGUGGACAGUCGGACAUCUGUGACUGAUGUGAAGUUUGCCCCGAAGCACAUGGGCUUGAUGCUGACCACAUGCUCUGCAGACGGUGUGGUGCGAAUCUACGAGGCCCCUGACGUGAUGAACCUGAGCCAGUGGUCCCUGCAGCACGAGAUCUCAUCCAAACUCUCAUGCUCCUGCAUCUCCUGGAACCCUUCCAGUUCUCGAGCUCAUUCACCUAUGAUUGCAGUGGGUAGUGAUGACAGCAAUGUGACGUAUGGCGGCAAGGUUCAGAUAUACGAGUACAAUGACGUUACAAGGAAAUAUGCCAAAGCAGAGACACUGAUGACCGUUACAGAUGCUGUACAUGAUAUUGAAUUUGCUCCCAAUCUGGGACGGUCUUUCCACGUGCUUGCUAUUGCCACCAAAGAUGUGCGCAUCUUCAAACUGGUUCCACUUCGAAAGGACAGCUCUUCUUCAGCGCCCACUAAAUUUGAGGUGCAGGUGCUGGCCCAGUUUGACAGUCAUAACUCUCAGGUGUGGCGUGUCAGCUGGAACAUCACCAGUACACUUCUGGCUUCCUCUGGUGACGAUGGUUGUGUGAGACUCUGGAAAGCAAACUACAUGGACAAUUGGAAAUGCACAGGUAUUCUCAAGGGAGAUGGUAGUCCAGUGUCUGGUCAGCCUGGUUCUCUGAGCGGCUCUCUGGGUUCUGCUGCUGCACAGAGUGCUUUAAAUGGGGCCACUGGACGAUAGAUGCUAUAUGUCAGGACCACCUGGAGCUGAGCACUUCUGUGAGACUGGACUUCACACUGAGACAAACUGAUUUUGCUUGCUGGACAUGCAACAAUACUGACCUUAACAUGGUUCAUUGUUAAUAUUAUUUUACCUACCUUCAAGGAAUGCUCUUUAAGUUGAAUUUUUUUUCAGCCUAUAGAAUUAUGUUUUACUCCGAAAACAGACACAUGGUUUUUCUUAAUUUCAGAAUUUUGUAAAGACAACAUAUCUAUAUAGGAGUAUACGUUUCAUUUCAAGUGUUUUGUUGAUGUGAUAAAGGAAGCCAGUUGCUGCCAUUUACAAUAUUGCAAAAUAUUGGUCCAAUUGACUUCUCUUGUUAUUGUACGAGAAUCAGAAAGGUUAUUGUUUAAGCAACUGGGAUGUAUGAAGUAUGCACAAAUAUUUGAGCUUGUUUUAUUUGAAUUAUGCGUUUCUACUUCAUUAGUAACAGUACAGUAAUCCUUUCUAGAUUACUUUUGAUAGAUGAUUUGAUUUACAUGUAUGAUCCAAUGUUUCUGUGAAGAAAAGGGGGAAGUUGUAUUAAAUACCAUAGUUUGUAUACCAAA